AUGGCCCUCAGUAACGGAGCUAUCAUCGUCAUCGUCAUUGUCUGCUGCGGCGGCUUCGUCUGCUGUCUGGCAGCAAUGGGCAUGUUCUACCGCCGACGAGAUCAUAGCGAACCAACAUUUAUCAACCAUGGCUGGCGACCAACCAACGAUCAGAACGACUACAUGCGAGAAAUUAGAACGAAGAACCAGAAGGGCAUGUUCCAUGUCGCAAGAUAUCAUGAGAGAGCUUCAAGCUCGCAAGCCUCAAGAUCUACCUUCAGCAGCCCUAGCAGAAGCGAAGCUAUCAGUCCUGUUUGA